AUAUGUGGGAGGAAAUUACCAUUAGAGUUAAAGUUGAGGGGUAAAAUGAGAAGUUGUAUAUAAAACCGGGUUAAAUUUUCAACUCUCGACUCGGAUCGGAUCCAAACACUCCCUUCUCCGAGUAGAUCCACCACAUUCAAGCACAGAGAAAUUACGCUCUCUUAACCUACACCACCUUCUUAUCUCACACACCUGUUCUGAAAAUCCCCAUUUUCCAUAGAUCUAAAUCUCGAUUAGGGUUCGGAAUUGUUGUACGGAAUUCAGAUCUCCUCUCUCUCUCUCUCUAUUAUCCCCUUGUAAGUGUAUGAUUUCAAAGGAUUGCAGAAAUGUUGACGAAGUUUGAGACGAAGAGCAAUAGAGUGAAGGGCUUGAGCUUCCACAGCAAGAGGCCAUGGAUCUUGGCGAGUCUCCACAGCGGCGUGAUCCAGCUCUGGGAUUACCGGAUGGGGACUCUUAUUGAUCGAUUCGACGAGCACGAUGGGCCCGUUCGUGGUGUUCAUUUUCAUAAAUCGCAGCCGCUCUUCGUUUCCGGAGGUGAUGAUUACAAAAUCAAGGUGUGGAAUUAUAAAUUGCACAGAUGCCUCUUUACUCUUCUCGGUCAUCUUGAUUACAUCAGGACAGUUCAAUUUCAUCACGAGUAUCCCUGGAUAGUAAGUGCAAGUGAUGAUCAGACAAUUAGAAUAUGGAACUGGCAAUCACGUACUUGUAUUUCUGUGUUAACGGGGCACAACCAUUAUGUCAUGUGUGCCACAUUUCACCCCAAAGAAGACUUGGUUGUUUCAGCCUCUUUGGAUCAGACGGUUCGUGUUUGGGAUAUUGGUGCCCUGAGGAAGAAAACAGUAUCUCCCGCAGAUGACAUUCUGCGAUUGUCUCAAAUGAAUGCGGACUUCUUUGGUGGAGUUGAUGCUGUUGUGAAGUAUGUCCUGGAAGGCCAUGAUCGAGGGGUCAACUGGGCUUCUUUCCAUCCGACUCUCCCUCUGAUUGUUUCUGGAGCAGAUGACCGCCAAGUGAAAAUCUGGCGCAUGAAUGAUACAAAGGCUUGGGAGGUGGACACACUGAGAGGCCACAUGAACAAUGUUUCUUGUGUUUUGUUUCAUCCAAAGCAGGACAUCAUUAUAUCAAACUCAGAAGACAAAAGUAUCAGAGUUUGGGAUGCCACUAAGAGAACUGGCUUGCAGACUUUCCGAAGGGAGCAUGACCGAUUUUGGAUCCUAGCAGCCCACCCAGAGAUGAAUCUUCUGGCUGCUGGUCAUGACAGUGGCAUGAUUGUUUUUAAGCUGGAGAGAGAGCGUCCUGCCUUUUCUGUCACUGCUGAUUCAGUCUUCUACGUCAAGGACCGCUUUUUACGUACUUUUGAUUACUCGACUCAAAAAGAUACUCAGCUGAUACCAAUCCGCCGUCCUGGUGCUAAUAGUCUAAACCAAGCACCUCGUUCUCUUUCUUACAGCCCUACUGAAAGUGCAGUCUUGGUUUGUUCAGACACGGAUGGAGGUUCGUAUGAACUCUAUGUUGUUCCCAAAGAUAGCCAUGGCAGAGGCGACAGUGUUCAAGAAGCAAAAAGAGGUGUUGGGGGGUCUGCAGUUUUUGUGGCUAGAAAUAGGUUUGCGGUGCUCGAGAAAAGCACCAACCAAGUCCUGGUCAAGAAUCUGAAAAAUGAAAUUGUGAAAAAGAGUCUUCUGCCAAUUGCUACCGAUGCUAUAUUUUAUGCCGGAACUGGAAAUCUGCUCUGCAGGGCUGAGGACCGGGUUGUCAUUUUUGAUCUCCAACAGAGGAUUAUUCUUGGGGAUCUUCAGACAUCUUUCGUUAGGUAUGUGGUUUGGUCUCAGGAUAUGGAGAGUGUUGCUUUACUAAGCAAGCAUUCGAUUAUUAUUGCUGAUAAGAAGCUUGCGCACCGUUGCACGCUUCACGAGACCAUUCGUGUCAAGAGUGGAGCAUGGGAUGACAACGGUGUUUUCAUCUACACUACACUGACACACAUUAAGUACUGUCUUCCUAACGGGGAUAGUGGAAUCAUCAAGACCUUGGAUGUCCCAGUGUACGUAACCAAAAUAUUCGGGAACACAAUCUUUUGCUUGGAGCGAGAUGGGAAAAACCGUCCGAUCAUUAUUGAUUCAACGGAAUAUGUUUUUAAGCUUUCCUUGUUGAGGAAGAGAUACGAUCAGGUUAUGAGCAUGAUAAAAAAUUCAGAAUUAUGUGGGCAGGCCAUGAUUGCUUAUCUUCAGCAGAAGGGUUUUCCGCAAGUUGCUCUUUAUUUCGUCAAAGACGAGAGAACUCGCUUCAACUUGGCACUUGAAAGCGGCAACAUCGAGAAAGCCCUCGAAUCUGCCAAAAAGAUUGAUGAGAAAGAUCACUGGUACAGGCUAGGGGUAGAAGCCCUUCGCCAGGGAAAUGCAGGGAUUGUCGAAUAUGCAUAUCAGAAAACAAAGAAUUUCGAGAGGCUGUCUUUCCAUUAUCUGAUAACCGGCAAUCUCGAUAAAUUGUCAAAAAUGAUGAAAAUCGCCGAGGUGAAAAAUGACGUCAUGGGCCAGUUUCACGAUGCACUGUAUCUAGGCGACGUACGAGAGCGUGUCAAGAUUCUCGAAAAUGUGGGACACUUGCCCCUGGCUUAUAUAACAGCUUCUGUCCAUGGGCUUCAUGACAUAGCAGAGCGUUUGGCUGCAGAACUGGGUGAGAACGUUCCUUCUCUGCCUGAGGGAAGAAAGCCCUCUCUUCUGAUACCCCCAAAUCCAGUACUAUCAGCUGGAGACUGGCCUUUGUUAAUGGUUAGCAAAGGCAUAUUCGAGGGCGGCCUUGACGACACAGGUAGAGAUGCCGACGAAGACUAUGAAGAAGCUGCAGAUGCCGAUUGGGGCGAAGGGUUGGAUAUUGCUGAUGUGGACAACUUGCAGAAUGGUGACAUCAGCGCUGUGCUGAAUGAGGAUGAUGAUGAUGUGCACCCGGAGAAUGACGAAGAGGGAGGGUGGGAUCUAGAGGAUCUUGAUCUUCCACCUGAUGCUGAAACCCCCAAAGCAGCUUCGAAUGCACGUUCUUCUGUGUUUGUGGCCCCCACACUGGGUAUGCCCGUGAGCCAGAUCUGGGUCCAGAGAUCUUCUCUUGCUGCCGAGCAUGCAGCUUCUGGAAACUUCGACACUGCAAUGCGUUUGUUAAGCCGUCAGUUGGGCAUACGUAAUUUUGCUCCUUUGAAAUCGCAGUUUAUCGACCUUCACAUGGGCAGCCACAGUUACCUACGUGGCUUCACUUCUGCACCGGUGAUCUCUGUUGCAAUUGAGAGGGGGUGGAGUGAGUCAGCAAGUCCCAACGUGCGAGGCCCACCUGCCCUCAUUUUCGAUUUCUCUCAACUGGAGGAGAAGCUCAAGGCUGGGUACAAGGCCACAACUGCUGGGAAAUUUUCCGAAGCUCUAAAACAUUUUCUGGCGAUUCUUCACACAAUCCCUUUAAUUGUGGUCGAAACUCGAAGGGAGGUGGAUGAGGUGAAAGAACUGGUCAUCAUAGCAAAAGAGUACGUUCUUGCUCUGCAGAUGGAGCUCAAGAGGAGGGAAAUGAAGGACGAUCCAAUUCGUCAACAAGAACUGGCUGCGUAUUUUACCCAUUGUACCCUUCAGCUACCACACACGAGGCUUGCUCUGCAGAACGCUAUGACUGUUUGCUUCAAGGCCCAGAAUCUGAGCACUGCGGCAAAUUUUGCCAGACGACUUCUCGAGACUAAUCCGAGCAACGAGAAUCAGGCGAGGCAAGCUAGGCAAGUUCUGCAGGCUGCUGAGAGGAAUAUGAAAGAUGCUACGCAGCUUAACUACGACUUUAGAAAUCCUUUUGUUGUGUGUGGGGCUACUUAUGUCCCGAUUUACAGGGGGCAAAAAGACGUGACUUGCCCUUACUGCGGCACGCAUUUUGUUCUUUCUCAGCAGGGGCAGUUGUGUAAUGUUUGCGAUCUUGCGGCUGUGGGAUCCGAUGCGUCUGGAUUGCUCUGUUCUCCUUCGCAGGUAAGAUGAUUUUGGUUUUUGGAGAAAGAAAAGAGGUAGGAGCAUCAAACGAAGGAGUUUUUUUUUUCUCGAUCGGAUUUAUAUAUCUGUUUAAUAUUUGGUUUCGAUUUUUAUAAAUUACCCGCCAACUCGACUCUUUUUUUUUUUGGGGUUUUAUGAUUACAGUUUUCGUUGUAAUAAAUUUAUGUAUGCUUUUGACUUUAGACCAUUCUUAUGAAGUGUGGGAAGUUUUAGUGUGCCUUACUAAAUGUGGCAACUUUGUUGCCCUUAACUAGUAUGGUGGACCCUAAUUUUUAUUUUAUAUUUUAUUUUUCCAGAUGUAAUAGACAUUUUGUCUACUCAUGUUUUGUCUGAAGCCAUUUUGAAC